CGCGACCCACGCACGCCGUCUCUCGCUCGCCUCUUCUUCACAGGGGAAACUCAAACUGAACCGGAGAGCGGCGGCGGCGGGCACUGGCGGCGGAAGAUGGCGGGCGGCGACAGGGAGAGGGACGCGGACGAGGAGACGAGGAACCAGAUGAUGCAGAACCUCUUCGGCGACCAGUCGGAGGACGAGGAGGAGGAGGAGGAGGACGAGGCCGUGGAGGUCGUCGACGAGGACGACCACCCGCGGCAGCAGCGGCGGCAGGAGCUGGACCAAGAGGAAGACUACGAGGAGGAAGGCGACGACGGGCGCGGCGGCCCUGCCCAAGACGCCUACCACUCGGAAGAAGUGGAAGGCGAGGCAGAGAAUGGAGGGGAAGGCGAAGCGGAAGGAGAAGGUGAGAGUGAGGGGCAAGUUGGGAUGGAGGAGGAAAGUGAAACUGAAGCUCAUCCUGCUGAUCUUGAUCAAGGGGAGAGUGACGCGGAAAGAGUUCAGAGCUCACCGGAAAGAGAUCUUAGUGAUCAGGUGGUGCAGACUGAUCCAAGAGUGGAUAGUGAAGACGAAGGCUACGGGCAGAGGGCGGUUGCUAGCAGAAGAAGAAGGGGAGUUGCUGCCUCUGACUCCGAGGGGUCUGAAGAUAAUUACUAUGCUGGUCAAGCUCCUGAAGAUGAGGAAGCUCAAACAAGGAAGCCAAUCUCACCAAUGGAGGAAGAAAGAGAUCAUGAAGUUGUUCGCGAUGUGUUUGGUGAUAGUGAUGAAGAAGAUGAACCUGCUCCUUAUCGUGCCCCAGAUGAAAUAGAUGAAGAUUCACAUAGAUCUCCUAUGGAAGAUGAAGGGCAAUAUGAGAAAGAUUUGCAGCCAGAGGAUGUCGUGGCUGAUGAAGAGAUGCGAUAUGAGUCAGAUGACAACCGUGAACUGAAAAUAAAAGAGAAACCAGUUGGUCCACCAUUGCAUUUGCAUGUUCCACUUCAGAAGCCACCAGCUCGACCUGAAAGAAUGAAUGUGAUCAAGGUGUCAAACAUUAUGGGGAUUGACCCAAGGCCUUUUGAUCCCAAAACAUAUGUGGAAGAAGAUGUCUAUGUUACAGAUGAAACUGGGACCAAGAAAAAGAUACGACUGGAGGACAAUAUUGUGCGGUGGAGAACUGUUAAGAAGGCUGAUGGCAGUACAUCUAUUGAAAGUAAUGCCCGCUUUGUCAAAUGGAAAGAUGGAACCAUGCAGCUGCUAAUUGGCAAUGAAGUUCUUGACAUAUCUGUGAAUGAAGCGAAUCAUGAUCAGUCCCAUCUGUUUCUGCGGAGUGGGAAGGGAGUUCUACAAUCACAAGGAAGGCUUUUACAGAAAAUGAGAUUUAUGCCAUCAUCGUUGUCAUCAAAGUCGCAUCGUUUAUUAACUGCUCUUGUUGAUUCUCAGAAUAAGAAAACAGUUAAGAUGCAAAAAUGGUUUGAUGCUAAGGAUCCUGAAAGAGCGAAGCAGGAAAAAGAAAGGGCUGAGGGCCAAAGUAUUCGAGCCCAUUCAAUUCUUCAACGCAAGCGAGAAAAGGUGAACCGCAAAUACACACAACCUGCCAGACAAAGGCGUCAGCUUUCUCCAGGGUUUUUGGAAGAUGCGUUAGAUGAGGAUGAGGAGACUGACGGCCACUACAGUGCUCGGCGAAUGACGUCCCGUGGUCGUUUCGAGGAUGAUCUGGAGGCUGAAGCCCUUGCGGAGAGGCGAAUCAUUAAUGCAAAGAAGUCGAGUUUGAGCAGAGGCGCUCCUCGCAGACCAUCCUUCCCUCCUUCUCGUGCACCAAGACGCCAGGAAUACUCUGAGAGUGAAAGGGAGGAGGAGUCAGAGUACGAAACCGAAGGCGAGGACAUUGAGCACUCGCCAACUGGUGCAAGGGAAGAUGAGCUGGAUGAGGAGGACGAAUACGAGGAAGACCUGGAAGUGGAAGAGGCGGCUAUGUCAGACGAUGAAAUUCAGGAACCAAAGAAGAAGAGGGACUCAGUCGCCAGCGGGAGCCAGAGGCGCGGCAGGGAGGUGGACUCCGACGACGAUGACUCGCCGCCGAGGAAACAGCAGGCCGUCCACCGCCGGAAGGCCGUCGUCUUCGAUAGCAGCGACGACGAGUGAUCGUUGAUGAAGGGGGAAAGGAAGGAACUUGCAAAAGUGCAUUGGUCUCUGCCUGCCUGCCAGAGUGUCGUUAAACUAAACAUUGGAUGGGUUUAUUGUUUGUUCUUUCAGACGAUAUAAAGAUGUUCUUUGUUAUCGGUUGUAUUGUUAUGUUAUAUGUGGUAAUAACAAUUGGACAAAAAAAGACCGUGUUUAGGUUCUUACAGAGUAAUUAUUCGGUA